ACCACAGAUCUGAGUUCCUAUCUAGCAUCACGUCCGAAAGCAUUUAAAAUGUGGUGCAGACUCAGAUUGUCUCAGACAACUGUAAUAACUCAUUAUCAAAGCCUCAAGAUCAACUUCAGAUCAGCAACCAUGAGGGCAUCUACUUUGUGUCUGGUGUUUGGGCUGGUCCUGCUGAUGACCUGGACUUCUGAGGCUACACUUGCAGCUGGAGUUCCCGAGAAGUGUUGCUUCAAACCUAUCGACUUCGAAAUUCCACCAAAAAAAAUUGUGAGCGCUGAGAAGACAAAUUCCAUUUGCCCUAAAUCAGCCAUUCUGGUUACAACACAAAAAGGUCUAGAAUUUUGUGUGGAACCAGACGAGCCUUGGAUAAAGAAAGUGAUGGAGAAUCUUGACAAAAAUACAAAAUAAUACUUUUACUGCUUUAUAAAACUGUCCUUUCUUAAUAAAUCUAUUUUUGCAUCUCCUGAUUAAUAUGUCAAGCAACUGAAUGUUAAACUGUCUUUAUUUAGCACUCAAUCUAUGCAAAAAAAUAUUAAAAUGCACUGAGACUA